AUGUCAAAUGAAAACAUUGCAUUAUUUGAGAAUAAAUUCUCACAGAUCGAACUAAAUCAUAGAAUGAAUCUUGAUAAGAAACUAUCUCCAACCAAAAGAAAGAAAUUGUUAUACCCUCAGCAUUUGUAUCCUCCUCAGAACCCUGGAAGUACGAUAUCUUAUUCGGAAUCAAUUGGCAACAGUGGAACAGGAAACAUUCGUGUUCUCAAAACUCCCAAUCUUGUAAAAACCCCUACGACACCAAAUAGACUUAUGAGUGGCAAUACAAGAGUUUCACGAUCAAGAGAUUCAUCAUUUAGUAGUACCAACGGUUUCAAUACUCCUGCGAGAGAACGUGUGCUAAGUUGUCCGAUGUCAGAUAAUUCCUCACUGAAACAGGAGUAUCAAUUUUCAUUUAUGAGAGAUACAACUUCAUCCCUACAAAAAAAGCAAGCCAUCACACCUGCCAAUACAAGUACUCGGAUUCUUAGCAAGUCACCAACAACCACGUCAUCAUCCACAAAGAAACGUUUAGAAUAUGCACGUCAAUUGUCACAAAGAACCAAGAGACAUAGCUCAAGGCAUAGUAACACAUCUCCAAAUAUAUCUCAAUUCCACAGUAAUACCGACAGUGACGACGAUAAAGGGAAACUUGAUUCUUUGGAGCCAUCUCCCGUGAGAUUUAUAGAUUAUGAUAAAGAUGAUAACAUGGUAAUCGAUGACUCUCCAUCUAAACCUCGAAGACAUGUCACACAACCACUACCAAAUGUAUUUGAUAGAUUAUAUUCGAGCCCCUCAACCACGAAGUUGCCUGCACCAAAACAACCCAAACAACAAUCAUCAUCUCCAAAGAUAAACUAUCAUUUUAAAAUAGAUUCAUUACAACAGUUGUAUCAAAUUGUGUUCUCCAAAUGUCCUAAUCUAUUUUCUGAUGCACUUUCUAGAGAGCAUCAAUUUAAUCUACCGUAUGAUGUUGAAGAUCUUCCUUUGGAUAAGUUAAAUGAGUAUGAGCGUGGAGAGAUAAUACGAACCAAAGAAGUAUAUUAUUUGCCGGAAGACAAUCUUCGAAAUAUAAACAUUAGUAAUCAUGGAACUAAUUUUGGAUUUGAUGAUGAAAACGGUAAUUAUAUUAUCAUACCCAAGGACCACGUUAACUAUAGAUACGAAAUACAAUCAAACCUAGGAACCGGCUCUUUUGGGAACGUUAUCCAAGCAAAAGAUCACAAGUCAUCAACUUUGGUGGCGGUCAAAAUCAUAAAUAACAAAGUUAAUGGAUCGCUUCAGCAAUCGAUAAAUGAAAUCAAGAUGUUAAAAACAUUGAAUGAUAGAUAUGAUCCAGAAAAGUUUAGAUUUAUCACCAUAGUCGAUCAUUUCAGUUUCAGAAGUCAUAUGUGCAUAAUUUCAGAAUUAUUAUCCAUAAAUAUGUAUUCCUUGCUUGAGUUGACAAACUUUAAAGGAUUAGGAUACAGUGUGAUUCAGAGUAUUGCUCAGCAAUUAUUGUUAGGUUUACAAGCUAUUCAUAGUUGCAAUAUUAUCCAUUGUGAUAUAAAACCUGAGAAUGUUAUGCUUAAACUUCCGUCAUCACCAAACUCGUCUGAUUUCAUUGUCAAGAUUAUAGAUUUUGGUUCAUCUUGUUUUACCAAUGAGACUAGUUUCCAGUAUAUUCAAUCAAGAUUUUAUCGUGCACCGGAAGUGUUAUUUGGCGCUACGUAUGAUCAAAAGAUAGACAUUUGGUCAUUAGGAUGUCUACUUGUCGAAAUGUUUACUGGAUAUCCACUUUUACCAGGUAAGAAUGAAUUCGAACAAGUGGGCUACAUAGUGGAAUUAUUUGGACCUCCGAAACCAACCACAAUUUUGAGAAUGAGACAAAAAUUGACAAGGAAGAAUAACCAAGUUCUGUUGGCUUUGAAUGAUGCUAUAACCAGUACCCCAACAACUACUUCAUUGGUGCUGAAUAAAAAAUAUAAGAAAUCUUUACUUUACAAGAUAUUUGAUCAUACCGGGAAAUUGAAUUUACACAAUUUGCAACAAUAUUGUAAUGAUUCAAGUACUACAUCCUUCAAGAAACAAUUUAAGGUUUCUUCAAAAACACUAGAAACACAAAUGGAAUUAAAUAAAGUUCAUUUGACAUCAACUCAAAAACAGAAAUUGCUUCAAUUUUUGCAGAAAAUGUUUAUAUUAGAACCUUCUGAAAGAUCAGAUGCCCGUGAUUUAUUAUCAAUGCCAUUUAUUCUAUAA